CGACUUCGCGAAGGCCUUUGACAGAGUCCCUCAUCGGCGUCUUCUGCAUAAGUUGGAACACAUGGGGAUCCGGGGGAGACUACUGGAGUGGUUCCGAUCUUUUUUGUCGGAUAGGUCAUUUCGUGUACGAGUUGGUGGUGAUCUGUCUACGUCCGCGAAAACUGUUAAGAGUGGUGUCCCACAAGGCUCGGUUCUGGGCCCACUUCUUUUUAUUUUAUAUACAGCCGAUUUACCUGCAUCAAUUAGAUCUCGAUAAUCUAAGCAGUUGGUGCCAGAGGUGGAUGAUGCCCCUGAAUUUGAGCAAAUGCUGUGUUAUGCACAUAGCAAAGAACAACCCUCGGGCCCCCUAUUACAUCGAUGGGGUAAGACUUGGCACAGUGACUCGCCACUUGGAUCUCGGUGUGACUAUAGCGGAAGAUUUGAGCUGGUCGGACCACAUCGCGUCAGUAUCAACAAAGGCCAGACAGAUGAUCUACCUCUUCAGCAAGGCAUUCCCAAACACUGAUGUUGUCUCCUGGGGCAUGAUUUAUAAAUCUUAUAUUCGGCCGAUAAUGGAGUAUGCUGGUCCGGCUUGGUGGACUUCUUUGCGAGGCGAGGUGGAUGGGUUGGAGUCUGUUCAGAGAUGGUGCACCAGAAUUCCCUACGGUGUUAGGAGACCUGACUACGCAACAAGGUUGAGAGUGCUCGAUAUGCCCACAUUUGAACAACGACGUGCGAGAGGCGACUUAAUAUUCUCCUACAGAGCGGUCCAUGGUCACUUUGGUCCGGAUAUCAUGAAUAUGUACCGUAUGAACACGAACAAUUUACGGGGCCAUGGAUUUAAGCUCGCGAAGGAAAAAUUCAGGACUACCCAGAGGCAAAUGUUUCUGUCAAACCGAGUGUUCAAUGUUUGGAACUCCUUGCCUGAAACCGUCGUAGAAUCGUCUUCAGUGAAUGGAUUCGAGAACAGCUUUGACAGAUGGGUGACCUCGUCGAGAUGA